AUGGCACGUCCACUUCGCAUCGCCGUUCUCGAAUGCGACACUCCGAUCCCGCCCGUGCAGGCAAAAUUCGGUACUUAUGGAGACAUCUUCGAGAGACUUCUGAAGAAGGGUCUGGAGGCGAGCAACUCCACUGCUAGCAUCGAGGUUAGCAAGUGGCACGUUGUGGAGAACCCUAUCUAUCCCAACCCCAACGAGUGUGAUGCGUACCUCCUCACAGGCAGCAAACAUGAUGCGUUUGGUGAUGAUUGCUGGAUCCUUACGUUGACUGAGUAUAUUCGGGAUGUUUUGAAAGCUCACAAGAAGCCUGUUGUUGGGAUUUGCUUUGGGCAUCAAGUUCUUGCUAGGGCGCUGGGCGCGCGUGUUGGCAGAGGCGAUGGGUGGGAAAUUUCGCCUUCAGAGAUCAGUUUGACUGAUGCUGGGAAGAAGCUUUUUGGACAAGAUCAAUUGCAUCUACACCAAAUGCACCGCGAUAUUGUUUACGAAGUGCCGGCGGGAUGCAUCAAUCUCGGCUAUAGCGCCCCUUGUGCAGUUCAAGGUCUAUACAUUCCCGGGCGCCUGUUGACUGUUCAAGCCCACCCUGAAUUCAAUGAGUAUAUCAUGUCUCAACUCGUGGAGGCAAGACACGAUGGCGGUUUGUUCAACGAUGAGCUUUACAAAGACGGAGCUGCAAGAGCAGGAAACCACCACGACGGAGCCCUGGUGGCAAAGAAAAUUAUGGAAUUCAUCACAAGCUCAGUAGCAUAA